GGUGCACCACGGCUCAGGUUAAUAGAACUCCCUCACUUGCAGUCGGAUUGCCCGCAUGUAAACAUGGCUUUAACGUCUAUGUAAACAGAACACAGGGCUCCUCGUUUUGGACAGUCAACAAGUCAGGCAUGUCUCUCGAAGGUGUAUAGGAGUUUGAAACAUUAGUAUUGCAGUAAAUUAUUUAGCAAUAUGUCUAUGGAAGAUCCGUUCUUCGUCGUCAAAGGUGAGGUCCAGAAGGCAGUGAACACUGCUCAAGGGCUGUACCAUAGAUGGAGCGAGUUGCUGCUGGAUCCCAGUGGUGCUUCCAAGGAGGAGGUGGAUUGGACCACCAAUGAGUUGAGAAACAGUCUGCGGUCCAUCGACUGGGACCUGGAAGAUCUCGAUGAGACCAUCAGUAUUGUUGAAUCGAACCCUAAGAAGUUCAAUCUGGACGCAGUGGAGCUGACCAAACGGAAAGGCUUCAUCACAAGCACCAGACAAACUGUUAAGGAAAUGAAAGACCACAUGUCCAGUCCAACAGCCUUAGCCAUGUCCGACAAGAAAAACAGACAGGCUCUGUUAGGGGACAGUGUGUCUCAAGGCCCAAUCUGGCAACCAGGACCCGACAAAUACACCCGCCUGGACCAAGAGCUACGGACGGCCAACUCCCAGUUCAUCGAGGAGCAGCAAACCCAACAGCAGCUCAUGGCAGAGCAGCAGGAUGACCAGCUGGAGCUGGUGUCUGGGACCAUCGGGGUGCUGAAGAACAUGUCUGAGAGGAUUGGCAUGGAGUUGGAUGAACAGACAGUUAUGCUGGAUGACUUCUCCCAUGAGAUGGAAAGUACCCACUCCAGACUGGACAACGUCAUGAAGAAGCUGGCCAAGGUCUCCAACAUGACCACUGACCGGCGACAGUGGUGUGCUAUUGGUAUUCUACUGGCCAUUCUGUUUGUGGUCGUCAUUCUCUUCUUCAUCCUGUGAUGACCAGACUGUUCACCACGACACACCCCCACUGACCCCCUCACCCCUGUCUCCGUUUGACCAUAGGGAUGGACUUUACAUGGUGUUGGGGAAACAUCCAAGGUUUCCAUUGACAUAGCCAUCUCCCUAUCUGACCCCGACCCCCUUUUUACUUAAUACGCUGUAUAUACAGUGAUGCUUCUGUGGCUGCUGCAGUUUCCUCUCAAGCAACGUUCUCAAUCGUCGUUUCAGAUACCUGCAUUCAACUUAAACCUCCCUUGGCGUGAAAGAUUUAGUUUCUGUGCAUGCGCAAUUUUAGGUAGGAUGUGAAUACUAAUCCUCAAAAUGUUUUACAGAAACCUGUUUGAGGUAAACCAGGGUAGUUCAAACUCCUUGUGGCAUUUUAGUGUUAAUAUUCCGAAAAUGAUGUAUGAAGAAGACUAAUCAUUAGUGUAUUUAGAGGGCCUUGUCUGUCGUUUCUCACUGAAAACCCCUACGGCUACCAUGGUCAUAGUUUUUUAAAAUAUAUUUUAUUUUGUUGUGCACUGACUGUGUAACAGGUUUAUACAAGUAUAUUAAACUGUGUAUAUAUAUAUAUAAUCGUAGUUGGACAUAGUUAAAACAAAACAGUGACCUAACAAGGAAAAUUAUAUAUAUUGCUAAGCGGGUAGACGUAUCACUAACCACACUAAAAUGGAUGAACUUAAUGUUCUUGUUUUUAAUUAAUUUAUGUUCUUUCAUUUUGUACUUCAUCUGUUUUUGGUAUUUGCUUAUACACUAUCAACGGGUGUUUAACACCUGCCUGUGAAAUCAAGUCACUUCCUGCAAUACUGAAUGGAAAGGAGCAAAACCAUAUACUUUUGUAUCUCGAACAGGGCUCAAGCUUGAUUUUAAUGUCUCAAUGUGAGCACUUUAAUUUUGUGCGCAAAGUGUUUUCAUCAAGAUGUCCUUUGCGUGCAUGUCUUCAUAUGUCUGGUGUCUUUCAGUCAGUGUUCUCAAAAACGACAACACUUCACCAUGAGGGCCCUUCUAAAGACUUCAUAACAUGCUUAUAAUCAGUAUAUGAUAUGCCCCCAGGCACUUCAUAAAUACUUGUAGGUACAAUUCAAUUGGCAAGCUAGUAUGUCAACAGACCUUAAGUUGUUUAUCUAAGCUACUAAGCGUCAUGCAUUUAUUUUUGAAUGUGUUAUGCAGUUUUUACAAGGCCCUUAUACCUAAGUGUUCAAAUGAAAUGCUAAUUGAGAAGCCUUACCUGCUUUCCCCUGCCAGGAAUUAGUGUUAAGGUUUAUCAGUGUUACAGGAACAUGAUGUUGUAAUAAGGAUUAAUAAGGGGAAGGGACUGACUGGGUCCCACCUGGGCUGUAUUCAUUAGGGCACACUGUAGCAAAACAUUUAGCAAAAAGUGUUUCUUAUUGGAUAUGUUCAAGGUAGUCCCUGUUUAAGUCAGUUUUUCUGUUUUGUUCUGUUUGUUGCCUAACGAAUAUGGCCCUGGUAGUUGCUGUGCUCUGCAUAGCCAAUGCCUUAGGCUGAUACUGUAUGUAUGUUAUGCUGGGUCGAGAAUGGUUCAUUUUGGUCUUGCUUCCCAGUUCCUACCCCCUACCUGGAAAUUACAUUUCAAAACGGUAACCAGAGUUCCAGGAUGAGUCGUAAGUCAAGGGUUGACUGAAUAUGCAGGCAUGUUUUUUUUCUUCAUCUGUUUUGAAUGUUCCUAUACAGUUCAAAGAGAAUGAUACUCUUGUGUUAGCCUGGUUACCAGUCUGUUUAGCUAACGUUCCACCCCUUGUACACUGUCUCAUAUGCUAAAGGUGUAUGUUUAGCAUGACAGGAGUGGAAAAAUGGCCAAACAGAUUGGUGUUAUGUUAAUUAUCGUAGAAACCUGGUUACAGAGUUGGAUUCAAUAGGCCUCCACUCAUUUGAGGACUUAAUGUGAACGUAAUACAUUCAUUCACUGUAUUUUAGGUUGAAUGACAUAUCAAUCCACAGACCCUGAAGUCUUUAUGGGAAAUUAAGACAGUAAAACCAUACAUAAGAAUAAGGGUAUUGUGAUGCACAGUGAUUGUACUACUGAAUGAAAUAUAAUGGACACUAGUGAUCAAGGUUUUCUCUAUGGCAGUCUACACAGGCAGCCCAAUUCUGAUCGUUUUUCACUAAUUGGUCUUGACUGAUUAGAUGAUUUUUGGGAAAGGAUCUAAUGCGAGUGGUCAAAUACCAAUUGUUAGAGCUAAAAAGUCCUGAUUGGACUGCCUGUGUAAACGCAACCUGUGAGUCUCAAAAGUUCUGAAAACACUCCUUUCAAAGGUCUUAUAAAGUUAGCAAAAUAUAUUGUAUGUGUAUGGUUUGUCUUUUGAGUUAACACUACAUGUUCACUGUCCUAGAAAUACAGUAUUUAAUUUAGUGUCAUUAAAGGUAGAAAACAUUUUAACAAUUUGUUUCUCAGUUUACUUAAAUGUUUUCAUUUUUUCACUUAUCAGAAGUGUUAUGUCUGGUAGGAAGAGUUUGACUUGGAGUUUACAAUAUUUGCAUUUAUUUCAGAUUAUGGACAAUUUGAAGCAUGAUGGUGACCUAGACAAUUAUGUACCAUCUCAAAAUCACUUGUCACAAAAGCAAAGUGUGUGUAAACUUUGCGAAUCCUUUUGCAAUGCUGUAUUAUGAUACAAAGUACUUUUAGCAUUAAAUACUGUACUUAUUGCACAACCAAGUCACUGGUGACAGUGAUGGGUGGACGAGAUGUUUGCGGAGAAUGGGUACAGUCCAUGGCAUUGUAAGUCAUGGUGUGUUUUUGUUUGCGUGAAACAACUGUGUGUUCAUGCUCCUGGAGUGUAUGAAAAUACUUUUUACCCUUGAACUGUUCCCCUUGACCUCCAUGUCAUCAUGGCUGAGUGUAUGUAGCUGAAGACUCCUGAAAAUAAAACUGACAAGCAGGAUGCUGCAAAGAUUCACUCUGUUUCAGCUCAUUCCAAUAAAAUGAUGUGCUCAA